GCUUUAGAACUAUUUAAUAAAUAUUUGCACGUAAAGACGCAUAAACUUCGAGUUACGAGUGGAGGUCGAUCAACUAGCUCUCCGAUAGCCGGUUCAGUCGAUGCAGCUUUUUGUACAAGCAUUUGCGGUCCUCUCGAUAGUAUCGUGUGAACAGUCGGCUUUCUGCUUCAUUCUUCAAGAACGGUCAUAAUCGGUAGUCACACUAACAACAUUCUUUGUUUUUUAACAUUGACAAAAUUAAUGUUUACAUGGAAUAUAUCAUCUACGAUACAGUACAGUAUUUCUUGAAACUUUUUUGGUAAAAUGUGUAUAUCUACUGGAGUAGUAUAUAUUAGUAACUAUUAGAAAAAAAGGGAAGAUCAAAUUUUGACAUUGAAAAUUGAUUAUUCCUACAAUGAAAACUGUACUUUGAUUCUAGAACUUACUUCAUUUUAUUAAAAUGAACCGUUUGCAAAAAGAGGUUCAAGAAAUAUUACAGUGCAUCCUUUUAUUUGUGUUUACUUAUAAGUAUCAAACUACAAAUCUUACCGGGCUCUUAAAGAUCGUACUCACACGGAAGAAAUUUGGUUCAGGUUUAAUGAAAUUAAGUUCUCGAAGAGUUAUAUGUUCAAAUGUAUACUUUUUACUCAAAUUAUGCGAACAAAUUUAAUUAAAAAUUGCACGAAUCGAGAAGGUUUUAUUCAACCUUGAUCCAUAUGAACCUCAAAAGGGAUGAACCGUGCUUCACAGAUGCGCUUGGAGCGGCUACUGGGAUCACGCUCGAUUGAUGCAGACAUCAUCUUCUACUGCUCUUUAAGCCGUUACAUAAACUGCGAAUUUACGAACUAAAUUCCAUGGAAAAUUUGUAUACAAUGAACCCCUCGAUCAAGCUGUCACGGAGACCGCCGGGAGUCACUUCUCCUUGGCCUUUCUCGACGAACAAAAAUUACUUUUGUUUCAGUCGAAACAAGGUUCCUCUGUCUUUGGUUCAAUAGCAUCGGAUCGUUAUCAUAUAAUAUUAAUACUUUAAUCCUUCUAUUAGUUAUACAAUUUGUACCAAAAAAUUGCGUGGUUGAUAUAUUUUACAAGAACGAAGAUACGCAUGGAGGACUAUUCACAGAAUUUCCGGUAGCUGCAGCUUUAAGAUGAAAAAAUUAUGCUGCAUCACGCGGAGAAAAACAUUGACCGAGCAUGUGAUACGAUCUUCGAUGAUGAAUUAUUGGUACAAUACUAUACUUGUGUUUCUUUUAUUUAUCAAGUAAUCAAAAUUGAAGGUAAAGAGCUUGCAUUUUCACUGAUGAAUCGUACAUCAUUAUUUAAUUAGUUCAAAUGAUUGUAAAGCUAAAUGGAUACCAUUAGUAUAUACCACUCAAUCCUACUUUCAGCUCAAUGCACAUUAUAAACAUAUGGCUCGUUAAAGAAGUCAAACUUUCUUUUACCGUAGCUACGCCAGACCUACUCGCGUGGGCGUAAAGGCCUGGUUUUACGUGAUUUCGUAACGGCAACAGACCGAUUUCCAGUAUCAAAAAGCGUUUCAUGAAGAUCCUGAAGGCCUUCGAAGUCUCCCUCCUCAUCCUCUUUCCCAGAACGCCCUAGCGUACGCGAAUGAAGUCUGGCUACAUUCAAAUAUCGCUUGUGAAAUAAUCAGAGGUUAUGCAAAAUAACGAAGUGUGGGAAACAGACUUUACCUUGGCAAUGGACGAUAAGUAUCACGAAGUACUAUUUAAACAAAAGAGUACCAGUCUCGUAUAGCGAGGGGACAUAAUCAAAAACUUCUGUAAACUAAUUGUUACACAUUUCCAGGCAACUUUACCUUAUAUUUCCUUCGUUAAACACUAUGGGUUCUCCGAACGGAAAGAAUAAGACUUGGAGUACUACCCAAAAGAUCAUUACGACUUUAUCUACGUGGACGAGGAUUCUCAUCAGCUCGUGUGAUGAGAAGAUUCAUCGAUUGUCUGGUUCUUUAAAAAGUCUUAAAAAGAUUAUCAAUUAACUAAAAAUCUAGUUCUCAAUGCGCAGUGAAUUCGAACUCGCUGCGGUGACAUAAAAUUUGCUAUAAGACACAUGUUUUUGUUCCAUUAAAGGGUCAUUGAAAUGUAGAGGCUUAAAAAAAAAUCAAUUUCCGUUUUAUAUUAUUCGAUUAAUUAUAAUCUGAAUUCGAAAAAUUGAUGGUAAUGCUAAAGGGGACUAUCCCUAUUCGAGUAUCCGUUUCAAAUAAGCCAAAGAAUAAAGUAAUCUCUUGAAUCGAUUGAAAUUUAUCUAACAGAUAACCACCGUGUUUCUCUUGUCUAUAAAGUAGGAAGACCCCUUAACGUUUCCUGGCCCGUAGACAAGGGAGACGAAAGUGACGGGGGCGACGUCGAGGAAGGCCUGGGCAACCUGUAACGGUGACGUCGGCCCGAUGAUACCUGCUCCGAGACUAUGAGAACGAGGCGGCUAGCAGCGGGAGCAAGAGCGGCAGCGUUUCAAGUGGGCGUAAGGGCCGGGAGAGAGAACGUCGUCCCGUGUUCCAUACAUGGCUAUGCUAUGUGGAAACCGAGAGACACAGAGAGACGGACGCACCGGCGGAGUCCCCACCGUGUGGACACGGCGGAGGCGACGUUUUCUCGACACGAGUGCCCACCGUAUGCCCCGUGCACAGUAUCAGCUAGCACGACGUCGUCGUACGGUCGUUCUUUGCGUUUGCGACGAAUAAUACGAUCCCGUGAUUAUCGUCAUCUCGCGAAUCACGACGGGACGCGGUAUUAUCGGGAUGUAAACGCGCGCGCGUUACGGAAACUGUGGAUUCGAACGGAAGAUGCGCUCGGCGAACGCGUCACUGGCGUGGGUGUUACCGUCUAUCUUUGCUACAUUCGGCCAGAAGGCACCGACGCCCGUCUAAGCAGCCGUGGUUUCGAGAUUCAAGCGUCCGCGCCUAUGGCCGAGUGACAGCUCUUGCGGUUCGGCGAGCGUGCGAUUGGCCCGCUCGUGCGCUUACCUUUCGAGCGUUGCUUGCGCGCGACAGCCAACGUGGGUUGGAUGCGUGAGGGUCCGUGCCGCGCCUGCGUGAGUGCUACGACGUACCAGCAGCGUGUGCGUGCGCCGAGGGUGAAGAGGACCCGCAGGGGCCACCAAACCAGAGAGACACACAUCGCUGUAGGUAGGAUGCUGUGGACGUCUCGAUGUUCGCUGAUCCUGUUGCUCACAACGUUGGCGUCGUGCAUGAACGCAACGAAGGAUGACCUCGCGGGUGACGAGACGACGUCCAACGUGAUCUCCACGACCGUCUCGACCGCGACGUCGUACACGACGCUAUCCAGCUUGAACGGAGUCGAGGAGAUGCCGGUGAAUUCGUCAAACGUUGUAAAAAGUACGGACGAGGAGAAUGCAAAAGACUCGUCCCACGCGUCCUCGCCUUCGUCUGACACCGUUUGGGAGUGUCCAAAUAUUACAAAAGCGGGCAUCGAGUGUUCAUGCGACUUUCCACACACGCUAAGAUGCACCGGCGAUAGAACCACGCUGCAGAUCAUCAACAAACAUCUGAGGUACAGUCGUCCAGGAACAAUUUCUCUUCUUGAUGUAACCGUUACAGGAAUCUCCCUAUUACCAGCACGCUUCCUCGAAGACGUGGCCCUACACGGACUGGUUAUUUCUACAGGAGAGUUGAGACGGGUACAUGAAAAUGCGUUUACAGCUCUAGCAAGGCCCCUUCAAGCCCUGGGACUUCCGAACAAUCUCUUGGACUCCGUCCCUACUGUUGCUCUAUCGCACCUCGUCGGACUGGAACGAUUGGAUUUGUCUCAGAAUAAGCUGAAAACUUUGGAGGCCAACUCAUUCAAGGGCAUGUCGAACCUAACAUAUUUGGACCUGUGCGACAAUUUAUUGUCGCAAUUAUCGCCGCAAGCGUUCGCCGCGUUGCCGGCGUUACGUUCGUUGAGGAUGCGUGGGAACCGUUUGAGCGUCUCGGCGUUGUCGGCACUCAGAGGCCUCAAGAUCUUGGAGGAGCUGGAUCUCUCCAAUAAUCUUUUGUUGGGUCCCAUGGGUCCAAAUCUUCUUCCUCAAAUGCCACAGCUGCGUUUCCUCACUGUAUCCGAAAACGAGUUGGUGAACAUUCAGCAAGGAGCGUUGGUAGGGCUGAGGAACUUGUCUUACCUCAGCUUGAGUCACAAUCAGAUCGAUGUAUUGGAAGACCACUCGUUCAAAUACCUGUCAACCCUCACCAGACUUGAUUUAGCGAACAACCGCAUCGUCGCGGUGUCCAGCUCUUCAUUGGCGCAUUUAGAAAAAUUAAUUACGCUAGACCUGACACACAACUUCCUACGAUCUCUAACUGCCGAUCUGGUGGUGCCGUUGAAGAGUCUCCAAGAUCUGCGGCUGGACGACAACGAUAUCACAAUGGUGGCUAGCGAUGUACCAACGUCCAAGUUACGUUUAAAAAGACUCUCCCUGGCCGACAAUCCUCUCAACUGUGACUGCACAUUGCUAGAGUUCGCCAAUUGGUUGAGUAAUUCCAGUCUAAACGAGGAGGACAAGUCCUCAGCCGUCUGCGCAACGCCACCCGCUUUGGAAAACGGUAUACUGACGCAAGUUUCUCCUGGUAGUCUCCUUUGCGGUGAGCCUACGCCGCCGAUCACAACCAAAGAGCCUCUAACCGGUGGCCAACUGACAUUGAAAGAGUUUCAUUAUGAUAAAUCAACUGGUGUCAACCUUCUGUGGCAUGUGGAGAUGUGCACAGAACGGUACACAUGCGACACAUUGAUCGUUUACGAGACCAUAGGCGAUAGCGAAGUACAGACAGUCUCUAGUUCUUUGCAUUGUGAUUCGCGCUUAAUGAGAGAUCCCUGCUCCUUACCUGUAGCUAUACCAGCCUCGAUGCAUUUGCAAUUAGGUCAUAAAUAUCGUUAUUGCGUGGUACUCCUUGUACCAACCGGCUACGAUGAUGUGUCCUUAGGCCUGGGAUGUAGCGAUGUGAUGACCCUCGUGGAAACCAAACGAGAAUUACAGCAAGAUCAAGAAACCACCGUAGCCCAGUCCUCCGUCACAAGAAUAACCGGAGUUUACGCGAACGUGUCCGACCAGGGUUUCAUGCACAUCGACGUCAGCUUAUCGUCUUUGAAGAAGUCGAGUCUACCCGAAUGCGAGUUAUCCGUCAUUGUCUUCGACGCCGAAUCUGCGGUGCACAAGCAAAAGCUCAACUGUAGUUUAACGUUCGUAACGUUGGAGGUACUGUUGCCCGGUCGUUACAAGGUUUGCGCUAGCCUCGACGAAGUUAAUGAGGAAGAUGUUAUCGCAAACUUCGUAAACGAUCGGGAUAGACUCCGUUGCGUCGAGGUACAGGGGUUCAAACAGAAUACCGAAAUAAUCGUCUUGGCGAUAAUUGGAGCGGGUUGUGCACUUCUGAUCGUACUGGUAGUCCUCGGUCGAAGCGUCGUAAAGAAGGUGAAGCACCCCAGGAUACAGACACAAUGUUUUCUACCUGCUCAGGAGUUCGAGAUAACUCAUAAAGCACAUUAUAUCAAAUUACUGGCUACGACAAAGGUCUGAUCCAUUCCCGACAGAGUAAUCUCACAUUUCGUUAAAUAGACUGGAGAAACUUUUCAACAGAUUCUGAUAUAGUCGAUUUUAACGAAAGCAUUGUCAUGCUAGCAUUGUAAAUAAUACAACUUAUUCUCGUUGAUUAUUUAAAGUUUUUGAAAUCGAAUAAUUUCCUCGGUAGGAGAAAAGGGUGUCGUAUCUGAUUCUAUUGUACAGGAUCGUUCCCAUGAGCUACUAGUCACAAAGUAGAUAAUUCCAAAUAGAAUGGUAAAUAUCACUAAAUCGUAAGAAUCCAUAUGGGAUUAAGAGAACAAAAACAGUGCAUAAUUGAAUCGAUUUAAAAUAAUCACGGUGAAAAUCGUGUUCUAUAUGGGAUUAUUUGUGAGAAGGUAAUAGAAGUGACACGAAUAGAUUAUUAUAAUAAUCUAUUGUUGUUUGAAGUACCCAGUUUCCGCACUGCCGUCGUAAUUUAUUUAAGUAAAUAAUAUUUGACGAAAAGUAAUGGUAUGCUAAUAUUUUACAAGCAUGUGCUAAUUGUAUACAAACUAGAUUCAACAAUAAAUUAACCUUCACGUGAAAAUAGGUAAAAAUUAAAUAAAGCUAAUGGCAUUUAGCAUUUGCACAUGCCUGAUAUAUCAUUAAUUAUUAACAAGAAUUAAGCAUGAAUCAAUUAUUAGUAUUUAAUGUCGCAAAAGAAUCGUAUUUAUAAUAUUUUUGAAAUUUUAGUAUAUGUAUAAAGUUAAAAUAUCACAUAGAAGAAUAGGAUACUAACAUAUGAAAAAUUUAGCUUAUAUUUUUACAUUUUUUAUAAAAUCUUUUACUUAAAAUUGUUACAUCUUACCCAAGCAUUCGUGAAGUUGUACAUAUCUUUGAUAAGUUUUAAGAAACAGAAUUCUAUAAUAACCUUUUUCUGUUAUACCUGUUUUAAUAAAUAUAUUUUUAUUGUAAUAUAUUACUAAUUCUAGGAUACGCUUUAUGUAAAUAGUUUUUUUUUAAUCACUACGCAUAAGAAAAGCUUGUAACUGUACUGUAAAAUAUUGCAUAAUAAUGAUUAUUACAAGUUCUAUUGUA